GACCUGGCGAGGAUCAGAGCGGAGGGUCGGGCGCUCGCGGAGAUCCUCGGAGCGCCCGUCGCCGCCGUGGCAGGUGCGGCUGUGCCCGACGGCGCUGUGCACAUGAACUCGGACCCGUCGUGCAAGUUCUUCGCGGAGGAGGUCGACGACAACUUGCUGGGCUCAGAGGCGACGACCGCGGCGAGGGGCCCGGUCGCGCUUGUGAAGCGCGGCGACGAGUGGACGACGGCAGAGCGGGUCCCUCCGAGAGACAAGCUACGCUGGAUGCAGGAGAAGUUGUGCGGCGAGAGCAGAGAUUCGAGAUUGCUACCCUUGCAGCUGGAUCCGAACACGCAGACGCGCUCAACGACCUUGAGGGAGGCCGUCAAGUUGCUGAAGCAGCCGACGCAGGCCGACGGGUUCCCCUUCCAGACGAGUCGGUCGAUCUUGGAGUUAGCCAAGGGAGUGGCGGCGUCUGGGCACGAGUUCGGCACGGACCACACUUUCUGGGUGAGAAGCAGCACGGUGGGAGAGCGCACGGCGGUCGCCAUCGAGCAUUUCCACCUGAUGAUGCUGCUACACAUGAUGGUGUGUGAUGAUCAGUUGAACUUGCCUAACAUGGCCGCGGCGGAGUUCGCGUCGCGCCGGGUGCUAAUGAUCCAGCGGGCAGUGCGCCGCAAUCCUCGGGACCCCGAUUUUGAAGGCCUCGACUCGUUCAUGGCUCACGCCUUCGAUGCCAGCGGAGGAGUGGCCACGACGCAGCUCGAUCAGGAGAUGGCCGAGAUGCGCAAGACUCAGGCCAUUAUCAUGAAGAGCGAUCGUUUGUUGAAGGAGGAGUCUGAGGCCGACUCGAAGCGCCAGAAGGACGGCAACCACAAGGACAAGAACAAGGACAAGAACAGCGACCCGAAAGGGUCGCAGGGAGGACGAUGGCUCUACGGUCCCGGGGUGGCGUUGUUCGCCGCGGCGACACCCCGUAUCAUGAUCCCCGUGUGGGAACGGCCGGCGACCUGGACGCUCCACUUGCCUCAGCGACCUCUCUGGCUGCUGGCAGGACGAGCCAUGGGUUGCACCUGGACGUCGACGACGGCGCUCUCGUGCUGGACUCGGCGAGCCGGGACGUAUUUCCCCUUCCUUGUGUUGGAGAUCGGCGUGAUGCGCCCUCUGCGGGCAUCUUACCGCGUCGCGCUGCCGCUUGUGAUCGGAGGUUUGCAGAAGAGGGGCGCCCUCAAAAGCGCCCUUCGAGCUCUGAACGUCUACGACUUUUCCACGGACGACGCCGCCCGCAGGCCCUUUUAUGCCUCCCGCGUUCGGGUCGUUCGCGACGGCGGCGUUCACCCCGAGCCAGUCGGCUCAGUGGUCGGGCCUGACGCUCGGCCAAUGGCGGCUGAUCCCUGGAAUUGGAUCUUCAGGACUCCAACUGAUGAGAACAGGAUCGCAGCGGAGGCAACGGUGAAGCCAUACCUCGACCCCGUGCUGCGCGACCCACGUCACAUGAGCGCUCUCGCGAAUAAGCUGAACGACGCGGGGAUGCUGUCCUUUCGCCGCCGAGCGCGCUGCUUCGCGGGCGCCUUCACGGUGAUCAAGAAGGACGGGCACCACUUGAGGCUCGUUCUGGACUGCAGGCCCGCAAACGCUUUGCACCGCGAUCCUCCGGUCAGUCAGCUAGCGACGGCAUCGGCCUUGGCGGGCCUCGUGUUGAGGGACGGCGAGACCUUGGCUACGGAGCACGACGCCGCGGGCCGUCCGUUAGAUAUGCACUUCUCGGGCGCGGACUUGACCGACGGCUACUUCCAGUUCGAGUUUGAGGAGGUCGCCGGCUACAUCUGCCUGGCCCACAAGGUGCGGGCGAGCGACUUCGGCGUCACGAAGCCCGGCCUUCCCAUCCUCGCGCCGUACGUGGACAACGCCUUCUUGAUCUGCUGGAACCGCGAGGACGCUUCAGAGUGCUUCCGAUACCUGUUGGAGGAGCUGAAGCGACGGGGUUUCGCGUGGCGGGGCGAGAUCUGCGCCGAGCGGGACGUCGUGCAGGCAGGGCUUCGGCUGCUGAGCGGAUCUCAGCCGCUCAUCCUGCACAAGACGGAGCGCACGUGGCGGUUGUACUACGCUCUUCAUUCUGCCAUUCGGUGUCGUCGCUUUUCGGAUCGGCAGGUACGACGCCUAGUGGGCCACCUGGUCAACCAUCUUAUGCUGUUCCCGCCUUUCAUGUCUGUCUUGCACGAGGUGUGGCGCUGGCUCUCCGAGCACACGGAUCAGGUCGCAGAGCUGACCCCGGCGGUGAUUGGCGAGUUGCAGACGGCGGCGGGCCUUGUGCUCAUCACCCGACAUCGCGUUCGCUUGAAGACGGCGACUACGGUGUUUUGCUCCGACUCCAGCGGGGCGGGCUACGCGCUGCACGUCGGCCGGUUUUCAGAGCGGGAGGUGCUGGACGCGAUCAGGUGGCGGGAGCGCUGGCGAUUCAAGACCAUCGAGGGGUACACGCAGGACGACACCACGGACUCCGACCCUUUCCCCAGCUCCAUCGCCGCGGACUCCACCUCGCUCGCCCCGGCCUUCGAGGAGGAGCUGGGCUUUGGCGAGGUGGGGCCAGCGGAGUUAACGACCUCUACGUGGAGCGCGGGCUCGUCGGCUGUGGCGUCGCGGCGGGCUACGCUGGGUGCCGACGCUCACGCCCUGCCGGAGCUCGCGGCG